GGCCUCCCGCCUGGGCAAGGGCAGAGCAGGUGAUGAAGGGACCGAGGCCGAUGGGGCCGUGCUGACGUUGGGUGGGCAACGUUGCUGCUGCAUCGCAAGGUACACACAUGUGGGGCGACCGGCCAGGACGGAGUGUCAGAGCCUGAUGGUGGCGCUGGCAACAGCUGGCUUCCAAAGACAACCCUGGUUCCUACUGGUUUCCCCACCAUGGCUAUGGAACCCCAAAUGGGCCCCAAACCCAUCUCCGACUCAGAUUCAGAUUCGGACAGCCCCGUCUCCGGUGGUGGCAGGACUGGUGCAGGAGACCCCGCGAGUUCCCAAGUCAUCCACAGUGGACACUUCAUGGUGUCCUCUCCGCACAGCGAUUUGGUGCUCCGUGGGCGCCAUCAGCAGGCCCAUCCUCCAAGCAUCGACCUCACGCUGACACACCUCUUUGAGUGCAUGAGCUUGGCUUACAGUGGGAAGCUGGUGUCUCCAAAAUGGAAGAAUUUCAAAGGGCUGCGUUUGCUGUGCCGGGACAAGAUCCGCCUCAACAAUGCCAUUUGGAGGGCCUGGUAUAUCCAGUAUGUGGAGCGCAGAAAGAGCCCUGUCUGUGGAUUUGUCACCCCGCUGGAUGGCUCUGAGGCAGACGCGCACCGGAAGCCGGAGGCUGUCGUGCUGGAGGGGAACUACUGGAAACGGCGGAUCGAGGUGGUGAUGAAGGAGUACCACAAGUGGCGGAUCUACUAUAAGAAGCGGCUUCGCAGGUUUAGCCGGGAAGAGGAAGUCACUGGUCCCAAAACAGACGAUGACACUUGGAAACCGACAGAGAACUGGUGCAACCAGCUUUUUUCCAACGUGGUCCCGAUGCUCCUGCGGGACAAGGAGGAAGAAGCAGAGGGGCGGCAGCUCUUUGAUCUGGACAGCUUCCUCUCAGAUAUCUCAGACACUCUCUUCACCAUGACCCAGGGAUGCGGACCUCCCCAGCCCUCCCCGGAUGAAGCCUAUAUCGGCAAUGCUGACAUGAUCCAGCCGGAUCUGGCCCCACUACAACCCAACCUGGAUGAUUUCAUGGAAAUAUCUGACUUUCUCUCCAGCCCUCGGCCGCUGGCCACCCCAACGCUGCUGAGCUACCAGGAUCAGCCCUGCUACGUCCCGGUCCCAGAGAUGCUCUUUGGGAGCAGUAAUGGUGGCAACCUUCUCUCUGGGCCUGCCGACUCCUUACUCCCGUCCAUGGGCUCUGCCACCUCUCCCGGCUUGCCUGCUCCUCGUCUCCAGCCUACAGGGGGUUGCUCCACUCAGCUCGGCUCUGCUGGCGCCUUCCUGAGCCCUGAUCUCUCGCCAGCUCCUCCACCCCCGGCUCCCCCCGGCAGCCUCGGACUGGAUCUCAAGACGAAGCUCCCGCUGCCCCACGCCUUCCCCAACAAGUGGCUCAACCUGGAUUCCUACGGCUCUUACUGCCCUGCUGCCCCGCCGCCUGGCACGCCCCUUUUGGUCCAAGAGCCGGGAUGCCCGCUGCCUUCUGCUCCUCGUGCCAAAUCCCACUACCCGUCCUCCGCUCUGUUCUCCUGCCCUCCUUCCCCGGGGAUCUCCACGCCCUGCUUCCCCCCCAGUAUGCCAGGCUACAGCGGCACGGACCUCCCUGUGGGAUACCCAGCUCCUUUCAGUGGCUCUCCUUACCUGCACCCCAGUGGGCGAAGCCGACCCGGUUUUGGUCCGGCUAGAAGUCAACCACAGCAGCCUGGCGAUGCUCAGAGGCCCCAAAUCAAGGAGACAAACUGCAAGACCAAGAGGUCUCAGAGAAUCCUGGCUCCUCCGCUUGUCGCGACCCCCAACCCCUGCCUGACACAGCUGCUGGCCACAGCUAAACCAGAGCCCAACCUGGAUGGCCUCCCUCCGCACCCUAGCCAACCUUCUGUCCCCGUGGCACCUGAAUCCCUGCAAAAUGCCUUCGGUGAAGAACCGGCUGGCUUGUUGCCCAGAAUGGCUCAGCUGAGCCCUCACCUCUCUCCCACCUCCAGCCCCUCGCCGUCCAUCCCGGCUGCCCCCUCGUCAGGAGCCCUUCUUGUCCCCAAGACGGAGCGGCUCUCCCCCACCCUGGUCUGUGGCAGUAACCGGAAGAUGUCAGGACAGAAAUCCCCAGUGCCCCACGAGGGGCUGAUUUUUCUCCCUUCCUAUUCAAGUAGCCGGAGCAAGAGUGAGCCAAGCAAGACGGAGAGCCGCCGGAUCACCCACAUCUCUGCUGAGCAGAAGCGCCGGUUCAACAUUAAGCUGGGCUUUGACACGCUGCACAGUUUGGUGAGCACCCUGAGUGCCCAACCCAGCCUCAAGGUCAGCAAAGCCACCACCUUGCAGAAGACCGCCGAAUACAUUUGCAAGCUGCAACAAGAACGGGCUGCCUUGCAAGAUGAAGCCCAGCACCUGCGGGAUCAGAUUGAGGAGCUGAACGCUGCCAUCAACCUGUGCCAGCAGCAGCUGCCUGCAACAGGGGUCCCCAUCACCCGUCAGCGCUUUGACCAGAUGCGAAGCAUGUUCGAUGAGUACGUCCGUUCGUGCACCUUGCAGAACUGGAAGUUCUGGGUUUUCAGUAUAAUCAUGCGCCCCCUCUUUGAGUCCUUCAAUGGGAUGGUCUCCACCAGCAGCCUUGAGAGCCUCAGCCAGACAUCGCUAGCUUGGCUGGACCAGUACUGCUCACUCCCGGCACUGCGACCCACUGUUCUGAGCUCCCUCCGCCAGCUGAGCGUCUGUACCUCCAUCUUGACCAAUCCAGCAGGCAUCCCUGAGCAAGCUGCCCAGGCCGUGAUGGGAGCAGGUCCCGAUGACACCUCCUAGCCCAAACGACAGGACCCGAACGAGAUUACCUGGGUGACAGCAAGAUCGUCUUGACAAGCAGGCGCUUGUCCAAAACAUCUCGGGAGCAGUAUUUCUGCUGGCUGGCCUCUCCUUGCUCCAGGAGAGGAUGCAUCCAGAGCACAGCUCCUCAUCCCAGGACGCCCUUCUUCUUGUGUGCUUUCUCCUGACUCUUUCUUGCUCUGAAAGCAUGGCACAGUAGCAUAGCUGUCAAGAACCACAUUGUGUGAGCCCUACCGAAAGAGAGAGAAAAGAGACACUGUUGCAUAAACAAAGAAUUCCAUAUCGACUAAAAGACUUUAAAAUGGACUUUGGAGAACUGCCAGUCCCAAUAAGAGGGAUUAAAAUGACUGCAGAGGC